UUCCCAUUUCAGUAAGGUCUGUUCUCAUUUCAGUAAGGUCUGUUCCCAUUUCAGUAAGGUCUGUUCCCAUUUCAGUAAGGUCUGUUCCCAUUUCAGUAAGGUCUGUUCCCAUUUCAGUAAGGUCUGUUCCCAUUUCAGUAAGGUCUGUUCCCAUUUCAGUAAGGUCUGUUCCCAUUUCAGUAAGGUCUGUUCCCAUUUCAGUAAGGUCUGUUCCCAUUUCAGUAAGGUCUGUUCCCAUUCCAGUAAGGUCUGUUCCCAUUCCAGUAAGGUCUGUUCCCAUUCCAGUAAGGUCUGUUCCCAUUUCAGUAAGGUCUGCUCCCAUUUCAGUAAGGUCUGCUCCCAUUUCAGAUCAUUUGACCGACAAACUGAAAGCAUGAUAAUUGUUAUUUUACUUCCUGCUGCUUUAGUUCAGGCAGCAGUUCGUCCUCUGAGUUCCUGUACAUCCAGAUGGAACUAUGUGACAAGAGGACUCUAAAAGUGUGGAUCGACGAGAGGAACGCUCAUCGGAAACCCAAACGCAGGGAGGAGAGUCUACACAUCACCCAGCAGAUAGUAAACGGGGUAGAAUACAUCCACUACAAGAAACUCCUACACAGAGACCUAAAGCCCGCUAACAUCAUGUUUGGUAUGAGUGACGGAGAGGGGAAGGGAGAGGUAAAGAUCGGGGACUUUGGUCUGGUGACGGCAGAAGAUAACGACAACGAUGAGAACCUGCUGGAGAGAACGAAAAAGACAGGAACCAAGUCUUACAUGGCCCCCGAACAGAGGAACCAGACCUCCUACGACAGAAAGGUGGACAUCUUUGCUUUGGGUCUGAUCUACUUCGAACUGCUCUGGAACCUGUCUGGGAUGGAGAGAGCAGAGGUCUGGAAUGAUGUCAGAAGCCAGAGUUUUCCUCCUCAGUUCAACACGCAGUUCAACUUAGAGAACAAGGUGAUAGAGUGGAUACUGUGUGUGGUUGUGUUGCAGAACAAGGUGAUAGAGUGGAUACUGUGUGUGGUUGUGUUGCAGAACAAGGUGAUAGAGUGGAUACUGUGUGUGUUUGUGUUACAGAACAAGGUGAUAGAGUGGAUACUGUGUGUGGUUGUGUUGCAGAACAAGGUGAUAGAGUGGAUGCUGUGUGUGGUUGUGUUACAGAACAAGGUGAUAGAGUGGAUACUGAUUCUAGAACAAGGUUAG